AUGGAGAUAGUGGAAUCGAAUCGACUAAUGCAGGUAAGGGUCAGUUUAGAUUGUGCGGAUAUUUCGGGUACGUUUACGGGUCUCGGGUAUUAUCGGGUAUUACCCGGUACCCGAAUGGAGAGAAGAAAAGGAUCCAAAUGGGUAUUUUUCAAAAUCGGAUCGGAUCCGGAUCGGAUAUUUUCGGGUAAAUAUCGGGUCGGAUUUUCGGAUCCGGAUAAAAUGCCCACCCCUAGCCUAGCACCUACGAGACACGACCCUCUGGAUAACGUCUUUUCCCGUCGUCGGAGACGGAGGUUAUGCCUGUUGGCUUUUGAGGUUAUAUUAAGCUUCGUUUCUAGUGGAUUAUCUUCUUUUGAGACAUGGAACAAGAUUACACUUUCUCAGACUGCUACCAUGGUCAGACCUUCUUCUGCGAUCUUUCGAGAAGGUGUGAUGCAAAUUUCUGAGUCAGGGCUGAUGUCUGCAAGGUAUUCUUCCUUCGCAUAG